GCACCAUCAUCUGCAGGGCACAUUAGCUAGCCAUGUCCAAGUUUUACGUUGUCAGUGCUCGGAAGCCAGACUCUGUAUCACAUGCUAUAAAGGCCAGUUUCACUGGACCCGACGACAUCAACCUCAUUGUCGGCAAAGCGACCCACUUUGAAGUCUACGUAUUGGUGGACGAUGACAAUGAUCCAAAUGAGAAAACUUUGCGCUUGUUGCUUGAUGUACCAGUUUAUGGGCGUAUCUCAACUUUGCAAACGUACAGACCACAGGAUCGCAAUACAGAUUUUCUUUUCAUAUCAACGGAGCGUUACAAGUUUUUCGUCCUAUCUUUCAAUGCCACUACACACCAGCUUGUAACCGAAGCGAACGGAGAUAUAGCGGAUAGGACCGGCAGGCCGAUCGACAUCGGACACAUUGGAGUCCACGACCCGGAUGGUCGUAUGAUAGGCUUACAUCUUUACCAAGGUUUAUUCAAAGUGAUUCCACUUAACAGCGCUGGUGGGCGAAGAGGGUCGGGACAUUCAAAGAAACACGCGCGAGAACGAAACGUCGAACUCAGUGCCAUCAAUCUCAGAUUGGAGGAACUUGCGAUUAUUUCCCUGGAAUUCAUGCAAUCGCCACCUGGAGCCGAAAACAAACCAAUGUUGGCUGUUUUGCACCAGGAUACAAAGGGAUAUCGGCACCUAAAAACCUACGUGGUCGAUGUCGCUGCUCGCGAUCUGAAGGAGUACUCAGAUUUGCCGCAAGCAAAUCUGGAAGCGGCGGCCAAUCUGAUCAUACCUAUACCCCGGGCAAUGGGUGGUGGGGUGAUUGUCGUAGGAGAGCAGACAAUUGCGUGUAUCACCCAAAAUGGCGUGAUUACGAUACCAAUCCAGCCGACAGUCAUGAAAUGUUGGAACAUGAUAGACCCUGAAGGCACACGAUACUUGCUUGGCGACUAUCUUGGUAAUCUGUACGCGUUGGUGCUAUUUGGUCAAAACGGGGUCAUAAAAGAAAUGUCGUUGGAAACACUUGGAAAAAUAUCUCAACCUUCCUCGAUCGUAUAUCUCGACAGUGGCUAUGUAUAUAUCGGGUCCCAGUUCGGCGACUCACAGCUCAUCCUCCUGUCGUCCGAACGAAACGAGCGCAGAGAGUAUCUGACUGUGCAGACGGAGUUUGAAAACUUAUCACCCAUCACUGAUUUUUGCGUUGUUGAUAUUGAAAAGCAAGGGCAAGGCCAGAUGGUGGCUUGCUGCGGUGGCUAUAAAGACGGAUCUCUACGUGUUAUAAGAAAUGGGAUUGGAAUUGAAGUCCUCGGCACUUUAAAUGAUGUGCCGGAACUUACUGGAAUAUGGGCACUCCGUCCAACAUUUGACACAGACCUUGAUGACACUCUAGUCAUGUCAUUUAUAUCUGAGACGCGAUUGCAAAAACGAGACGAAGAAGGAGAUCUCUGUCCAGUUGAAGAAGUCGACGCGGGAGGGUUUCGAAUGCAAGAGACUACCCUUGCAUGUGCAAAUAUGUUGGGAGAUGGGAUUGUCCAGGUCACUCCCAACGCAGUCAUUCUCCUUGACGCAAGAAGCCGCGCCGAAGUUGCCAUAUGAGACCAUUUGAUGGAAGUCGGAUCAAUCAUGCUUCUUCUAAAUCCCAGACAAAUCCUUGUGGCUUUGAGCGAGGGUCGACUGGGCUACAUAGAGCUUCGGG